AGAAACUUUCCGUGGUUACGCCUCGCGACGAGGGAUCGUUUCCGCGAGGCACAGACGCGAAGACGGAAAGACGAGAAAGAACAAAAAGAAGGUGGAGGAGGUUAAGGAGGGAUGGCAUGAAAAUGGUAGGGGACUGGAAGCAAAGGAGGGAGUCACUCCGGAGGAAGCAAGCCGAGUGACGACGCCUCAGUGACCGAGCUUACUCUCCCUUGUGCUUUCGUUCGCAAGCGCAGGCUUGCGAGUCCUCGUUUUCCCUCUAUAUACAUAUGUAUAUACCUAUACCUAUAUAUAUAUAUAUAUAUAUAUCUGUCUACCCUCGUUCCUCUUUUAUCUCCCGUUUGCGCAUAAAGCCACCCGUUUCCACCCUCGUGGCUGCCUCGUGGACCUUCCGCGCCAACUUCCGAGAUACGGCCCUGAAAAUAAGCCAAUCGCAGUUAUACGCGCCCUUUCGUGCUCGUUCGUUGUUCCCAUUCUUUCUGUCGCUUUCGAGCGGGGUUGCUGCGCGUGUCUGCUCUUGGAAUUAACAGUGAUUUCUCGAAUUUUCGAGCGCGAUCGAGAAGAUUGAGAAGUCGUCGCGGCGCAAGUUUGGCGGCACGCGAAGCGUCGCGGUUUCUUUGUUCCUCGUGUAAUCUUGAAUCGGCGUUUGACGGGGAAUCGCGAGUUUCGACGGAAACUAUCGAUCGAUUUCGAAUGAUUUCGGGACGAUUCGAGUCGCGCCAAGUGGUUUUGUGUAACAAAGUGAAGCGGUAUAGUGCUUCUGCGCAGUGGCGGUUUCGAAGUUAGAUGCCAUCUAGCUUGUCCUCUAAUCGCGACGAAUGGUUGUGGCGAACUUCGAUUACACGUGGCGCUCAGUUCCACGAGACUUUUCGACGAGUUCGUUAACUCUGGAUUAAUCGUGACUCUUCGUCACGGAGUGUUGUUGUGCCUUCCCGUUCGUCCUACGACGACAGUGAUCCCCGUUUCUCAGGUUUCGCGGUACCGACGACACCAUGGUCGAUUUUCUAACUUAUCCGGAGAUCUCCUACCUCUACGAUGAGUACAUGAUGGGUGUGACGGGCGACCGGCUGGCCGGGGGCGCCGCACACCUCCUCCAUCUCUUCUUCUUCUUGCCACGACCACAACACACAAUGUAACAACAACCACCACUACUAGAGUCGUCCGCGCGAACCACGUUCUCAAUGUACUCGAUGUGAUGAACCGUCCUAUUCAAGUGAAGCCGGCGGACAGUGAAAACCGCGGAGACAGAAAGCUGUUCGUGGGAAUGCUCAGCAAGCAACAGACAGAAGACGAUGUCAGGCAGUUGUUCACUGCUUUUGGCACAAUAGAGGAGUGCACCAUCCUCCGAGGACCCGACGGCAGUAGCAGAGGCUGUGCAUUCGUAAAACUUUCGUCACAUCAAGAAGCGCUAGCGGCAAUCAAUUCCUUACACGGUAGCCAAACUAUGCCGGGUGCAUCAUCCAGCUUAGUGGUAAAAUUCGCAGAUACUGAGAAAGAGAGGCAAAUAAGACGCAUGCAGCAAAUGGCCGGGAACAUGAGUCUCAUUAACCCUUUCAUGUUCAAUCAGUUCGGCGCUUACAGCGCUUAUGCUCAGCAGCAAGCAGUUCUCAUGGCUGCUGCGACGGCACAAGGGACGUACAUCAACCCGAUGGCGGCGUUAGGUGGACAAUUGCCGCACGCGUUGAAUGGCAUGCCAAAUCCCGUCGUACCACCGACUUCCGGUACCGGUACAGGGCAGCCAGUUAACGGGGCGAUACCGUCGUUACCGUCGCCAACGAUGCCCAAUUUCAACAUGGCUGCACAAACACCUAACGGUCAACCAGCAACCGCGGACGCAGGUGUCUACACCAACGGGAUAGCGCAGACCUAUGCGGGACAUGCCCUCCAUCUGUCCAUUCCAGCACAAGGGCUGGCCAAUGGGGAGGCGGCACUCCAGCAUGCCGCCGCGUAUCCAGGAAUGCAACCCUACACCGGUGUCGCUUAUCCCGCCGUCUACAGCCAGUUUCCUCAAGCUAUUCCACAGCCGAUGACUGCCGUGGCACACACGCAGAGGGAAGGAUGCUCUAUCUCAGGACCUGAAGGCUGCAACCUGUUUAUCUAUCACCUGCCACAAGAGUUCGGAGACACCGAGCUAAUGCAGAUGUUCCUCCCUUUUGGCAACGUCAUAUCCUCCAAGGUUUUCAUCGACCGGGCCACCAACCAGAGCAAAUGCUUCGGUUUCGUGUCGUUCGACAAUCCAGGAAGUGCGCAGGCAGCAAUUCAAACGAUGAACGGCUUCCAGAUAGGGAUGAAACGUUUAAAAGUCCAGUUAAAGAGGCCCAAGGACGCAAACCGGCCAUACUAACCAAAGUCCUAGCUUAGAGAAACUGGACGAUAUGCACCGUACAUCGUAACCUACAGAAUGUCGUACAAGAACACGGGCUCAUUGAACGCUCGACGAUCAGAAGUGACGAGUUUGAAUCACCGUUACAACGCUCUCCACUAUAAUAAUCUAGUAUACUAGUUAGACAAUUAAUUAGAGGAUAAAAAUUAGAAGUCAGCUCGACUUCGUCUGCAGUCACACGGCGAGAACGAAGAGGCUGAUGCUAAAGAUUAUCGGAUGUCCAGCACUGACAACUGAGUCCGAAAUACCAAAUGCGAGUACGAAUGCACGCUCGACGUUCUCGGAUGUUCGGACGGAUCGAGUCGACAACUAAGAAACGGCGUCACAAUUAACGACAUCCUUUUCGUUGCGUCCUCUACCUCUAGUUCUCUUCAACAUAUUUAUUUCAAUCUUCAUGUCUCGAACCCUACUGCCAAACGAGUACGGUACCAAACGGAAUCCCCAUUCGUUGCACGUUCCGUCGACGAUUCGGACGUCCGAACAUUCGGGAAGCCCCUAUUCGGGAGCCUAGAGUCUCCCGUACGGGCGAUCAUUCCGACGACACGUUAACUUCUAGUUUAAUAAUUACGAUAAACAAAGACGGGUGACCUUUCAACAAUAACCAAAGAGAGCUCUCAGUUCCUGAUGCAACGGUGUGGCGACUAUCGUCCGACCAACCGUUAAGAAAAGAGUUAACUAUUACGGCGAUUCGAUCCACCGAGAGACGGAUACCUCUUCGGCCUCUCAGGGCACGCGAAUCUCCAGGCAGCGUUCAAAUUUAUUCGUUUAGCCGAGCAACUUUCGCCCAAUUUUAGUUUCGAGCGUGAGCAAAUCGUCGAAUCCGAUGGGAUGUCUCGGCUUCGGUCUGGAAACGCGCGACAUCGCCGUCGUUUCGAUACAUCGUCGUCGUUUUCGAGCGUCGAUGUAUCGGUUGGGACUUCGCAGAAGAUCGACGGCGAGGUCGUAAACGCGUUCUUUCGAACGCAAACUUGUCAAUCACGUAUACAGGGUGCUCGUCUUACGCAACAUCCAAGAGUUUCGAGAAACAACGUACGAACAAGUGCACGUUCACGUACGCGUACACUCCUAUGUACACGUGCAUAGAUACACUCGAUACACUAUUCGUCAAAAGUAUAUAGAUCCUCGAGAAACUUGUCAAAUUUUGAAAUUCCUUAGCUUUGAUCAAAAUCGUGCAAGACUAUUGAGUUGAUAAUGGAAUGGAAAAUUGAUACUUUUGCUUUUUCGCCUCUUUCCAUCCCAUUUGAAUAAUUACCAAUAUUAUAAUAAAUCUAAAAAUUGUUAGCAGCAGCCUAUCAAUCUGUCAAACACUAAACAAUCGUUCACACUUUAACACAUCUCCAUUUUAAACAAAAAUUUACUUCCGACACAUUGAUUAUAUUAAAAUUGACCAAGUGGAUCAAAAAGUAAUAGUAUCAAGCAUCAAUUCCAUUUUCGAUGCAACAGUUUGCGACAAUUUUGAACAAAGUUACGGAAUUUUGAAAUUCGACAAAGUUUCGAGUAUUCUCAUACUUUUGAGCGACCAUAUAUCCUCAAAAAGGCGUACACGCAUAAAAACAUGGAAUCAGUGCCGAUCCGACAUCCGUGGGUUAUCGGUUCUUCUUGCUUAUAAAUAUAUAUAUAUUCUUUUUUUACAUAUAACAUUUAAAGGAAUCGCCAGUGCCGUGUUGAAAGCGAAGUCAUCCUAAAGUCCUGGUCAUCCGCGACGCGGCGCUCGUUUACCCUCUGUAUAGUAAUUAUUAUUAUUAACCCUUAUUACCAUCAUUAUUAUUACGAUCAUGAUUAUCGAUUACGACUACCGUUAAGCGAAGUGCGCGAGCGAAUUUUUGAUCUGAACGACAUCCAUCGGAUGAUUCCAUUUGAAACGGAUGAGGGAGGAUCGUUCGAUCCGAUCCCUGUCGCGAUCGACAGGGGAUCGAGAUCCUGUUGCUGUUCGAUCUCGUGGCUCGGUAAUCCACUGUAAAAUCGUUCUCGUUUCGUUCACCGGACACGCAUCGCCCGGGAAAUGUCAAUUAGGCUGUGAUUAUCUAAACAAAACGAACAAGGGUUAGCAAAAGGUGGGCGACAGUGACGACAUCGGCAAGAUCGAACUGCCUCUUGAAACCAAAGAAAAAGGGAUCGAUAGAUCGUCCGAACCGGCUGAAUGUGCAUACACCUUUUUCCCUUAACUUUAUUUACCUAGUCUACAUCUAGUCAUUUUUAUGCGUUUACCAGAUUUGUUUCUUUAAUAAGGUUAUUUAUUUAUUGUAUAUUUUCAUUGGGAACGGUGUACCCCGUCUACCUGGGGCGAUAGCAACUUUCGAAAAUUCGACAAAAGUUCUGUGAAACUUGACGAUGAUGCAAGAUUGGAACAAGUACACGCGAAUAUUAGGAUGCAUACAUUCUAGACACACAAAUCAACUGCAAUUUCUUUUCGUUUACACUGAAAAUGCACAGAAGAUUUCGUGUCGAACUGUUUCUACUAUCUGAUCUCUAUACUCUCCUUAGAAUAUACCCGAGGAACCAAUCUAGUCUCCAGACACUCGGUAUCUUACGUUACGUUUCUUUCGAGUUAUUGUUCUACGUUUUAUCGUUUACUUCUUUUUGUUUUGUUGGCGUUGCUUGUUAUUCUAAAUGAUUUUUUAAACGAUCAGAGUAUCGGGUUUCGCACAGAGCAGACCUGACUGAUACGCGUGCGACCCGCACGCGUGGCCCAACCGUUGUUACGGUUUGAUGUGAGCAGAGACAGCGCAAGAUACUCACGCGAUUAUCGAGUAUUUUUCUGAGCACGAUAAAUGAAACAUUCGGACAUUUAACGAGCGGUGCCCGGUGGAAUCACGCGGUUUCACGCGAGCUUUUUCGAUUUUAGGCGAACACGAUCGCGGUCAGAAGCCAGGCAAUAGAGACGGCGACGGGGGAUGAUAAAAAAAAACAAAAUGGGGUUUAUCGGAACGAAAACCAAACGCGUUGAGAGAACGGUAGAGAAAAAAAAAAUAAACUAGCGUAGGCGAGCGAUGGAACGGGGAGGAGAACUCCGAUCUAGCAGAAAUAAUCAACCAAAGUACCAACAACUAUUCUAUAUAAAUAUUUAAAUAUGAAUUAUUGAAGAAGAAGUAUAUAAAUAUAUAAAUAUAUAAAUAUAAAUACUAUAAAUAUGAAAUAUAAUAUAAAUAAAAAAAAAAUGAAUAUGUGUAUAUAUGUAUGUGUACGUAUGUCGUCUAUAUACAUACAUAUGUGUACAUACAUUAUCAAUAUAUACAUAUAUUGAUUCAAGGAAAAUUAGAGACUUAGUAAAUUAUUAUUGAUUAGGUAAAUCAACAUGAAAUAAAUUACUAACUUCGGGGGACGGAGAAAUGGGGAGGUGGCGGCUCUAGUCUGGCGCAAUUUAAGACGCGACUAAAGGCUAUCGCAAGUUUAUACACUAUUUAAAUGAAUAUAGUUAUUGCUACGAGUGAACGGAUUUAUAUGUAAAUGAAUACAUGUGUACACACGUAUGUGUACAUAUGCGCGCGUGUGUAUACAUAUCUUUGUUUGUAUAUUUGUACGUUCACAAAUAUAUAUAUAUAUACACACACACACACACACACAAACACACGUACGAACACACAUAAAAAAAAAAUAAUGUAUUUAUAUUUUAGGGGCAGGCAACCCUUUUUCUUGCUUUGAAAUCUGUUCGUAAAUUCGUUGCCUGUUCAGACACUCGCGUACAGUAAGUACUAAUGAAAAAUUUAAACGAAAGGUGGGGUGUGCUAUAAAUUCCUCUCCCUUGACGAGCUCGAAUGGCUUGCUAAUUAUUGACGAUAUAAAAUACUAUUAUAUUAUAUGAAGAAUCAAUUAAUACUAAUAACUAAUUUAUAAUAACAAUAAUAAUAGUAAUAAUAAUAAUAAUAAUAAUAAUAAUAAUAAUAAUAAUAAUAACGAUACUUUAUAAUACGUACACAUAAUUUAUACUACACGGUAAAAAUACGUAUAUAUUCUUGUCAUUUUUAGGAACGCUAAAUUUGUUUAUAUACGUGCGUGCACGCGUAAACGUAUAUCUCAUUGUACACACGUAUGUACAUGUACGCGUGUAUGUACGUAUACCUACGCAGGCCGACGUAUUGAGAACGCGAGCGUAGAUUCGUGAUGUUGAAACAAGUAGAAGCCCGUCGGAACGACGUUGCCGAGAAAAGCGUGAGAAAAAAUCUUAGCCACGUGCUAAAAACGUGCAUACAGUUCUAAAAAAGUAUGUUUUGCGAUUAACGACAUAUAUCGCAAACGAGCGCGUCGAAAUCGGUCAUGUGUUGAUAUACAUAUUGCGAAACCGACGACCUUUUCAUCUCCCCCGUUUCGAGAGGGAUCCGACGAAAGGGAAACGAGGAAAAGAGUACGAACGGCGAUGUAAUUUCAAUAUACAGGAUGAACCACCCAACUUAACAUUAAAUAUGACUUAAAUCGACUGUUUUAUAUAAAAUUAUUUCAUAUAAAGGUGCAUCGUAUCGAAGAGGACAUAGAAACGGACGUUACUUUUUUAUUGCCUUCUCUUCUUUCAGAAAUAUCAGGGUCAUAUCUGCAUUUUCAAACGAAAUAUCCAAUUUUGAUUCUGCCAUUCGAAAAGGAAUCGAAUUUUAAGUGGGAAAAUAUUAGAGUACAUAUAGUCUAUAGCUAGUAUUUGUCGAGAUACAGACUUGCGAGAAUUCGUUCGAUAAGUGGCAGGAUCGUUUUAGUAAAAUGAGUAAUUUGCAUCGUAUGAAAGAAAGUAAAAUAGAGCCUUGUCGUCAAAUGUGUCUUUAAUAACACACUCUAUAAUCGCUAGAAAAUUUGAGCGUGAACUCGCGACGUUUACUGAACGAAUUUUCGCGACACUUAACGAAGAUUCCUCCGUAUCUCAAUAAAUACUAGCAAUAGAUUAAACAUACCCAUAUAUUCUUUCACUCAAAAUUUGAUUCUCUACCUAACAGCUAUUCCACUUAAAAAAGUCAAGGAUAACCAGAUUAUUAAAAAAACGAUUCAUACCUCUUAUUUCCCCCUUGAUACCAUGCAAAUUUCCCAUGAAAAUAUCUUCUAUAGAACACUAGACUUAAGAGAUAUUUAAAACGACAAAGUUGAGUGAUUCGCCAUGCAAAUAUUGGCUCACAAAACAAAGGCGAAAUCGCAACAAAACGGAGCUGGGCGAUAAUCUGUCCGUAAUGCAAAUAUAAGGGAAGGAAAUACCUUAGUAUUAACGCGACCAUACGUUUGCUAAUCCGAGGUGCAAUCAGAGACCAUAAGAGCAAUCGCGAUCAGAAGCCGUGAGUACGCAAACAGUGAUCCCAGCCAUAGCGACGCGAGCGUAAACAUAAUUAGAAGACGCGUGCAACGCGCGCGUGUCUAUCUUUGCCCGCUUGAUGCAUUACGUGCGCAGCCUGCGGAAGGGCCUGCGACGACGGCGCAACCUACGAGGGUUGCAUUUCCUAUGGCAUUGUGUACACCAGUUCCACGGUACGCGUCAGGCAAAGAUGAUUAGCGGAUUAGACACGGCUAGGUGCUCGUCUCUGCGAGUUUCAUAUUACACAUGACCGUGUGGGGUCUCUUCGUUGGAAUCGAAUCGGCGCGUUCCGUUUUACAGGCACAACCUGUUAGUAUCGUCACCCAUUGGCAGGCUACGUCGCCAGUUCCCCCUCAUCAUUUCACGUAUGCGUCGCGUAAUCGAUCGAUUAUAGUUGCGUUUCAUUAAAAUGCGCUACUGCGAGUCCUCUCUCACUCGCACGCGUCAUGUAUCGUUUACCUACUCGACACGUUAUUUUAAACAGAGUUGAGCACGGAUUUGUUACUUUGUUAUUAAUUUUUUAAUCGAUUAAAGAAAGUACUCGUGAUAACCAUAAUCUCUAACCAAGUGUUCUACCAACAACUUAUUCGAUCGUAAUCAGAAGUGUUUUCAUUUAAAUCGAUUUUGCACCGAAUCCUGUCUAAAAGACUCUCUUCUAGUAUCCCUUCCAAGCUCGAGGCUUGUGGGGAUGGCCACGCGCCUCUUAGACAGGGAAUGUGUUGCACCUCCUAAACAGAAUCAGAUGACACUCUUUUCUUUAAUCUUUUCUACAUUUAGUUCGCGUUUAUCAGUCCAUCAUUUUCAGUAUUCAUUACUUCGAUCAUACUUCGAACCAAAGAACUAUACAAACCUGAGAUACAAUUUAGGCGAAGGGAUGAUAGACGGUUAAAGUGAUUACUUAGAACCACACGCGCACACACGAACAAACCAAUCCAGACACACAAGUAUACACACUUAGAUACACGCGCACGCGCGCGACCGACAGACACGAAUAUAGAGAAAAUGAAAAAUAAAGACAUGUAUACUGGUAAAAGCUUGUAUGCAAGCACCAAUUGAUAAUAUCACUACGAUCUAAGCUUUUUAAUGUUUAACAGUACUAAUAGCGAAUAUCAAGGAACACAACCUACCCUAAACGAGUAACUAUAAAUCCAUAUAAAUAUAAAUGUACACAUAUAUAUAUAUAUAUAUAAAUAUAAAUACGAAGGUAACGACGAUUGUAAACAAACCAAAAAAAAAAAAAAUACAACUAUUUUAUCCAACAAAGUUUUUGCUACAACCGAAGUAGUAUGCAUCUUACUAUUGAAGUAAAUGAGACUUAAGAGAGAAAGAAGAAAUAAGUAUUCUUAGCUAUUAAGGUGACGAAGAGAAUAAUGAUAAUAGUAAUCUGUGAGGAUCAGCUUUGAAUUUAUUUUUACAUGACGUGAUGUAAUACCGAGACGAAUUCGCGGCUUGUAAAUUAACGGCACGUCAGGGUAUCGAAUUUCUUAUCGAUUUCGUCGAGAAUCGACGAGUCUCACUGAUCUCUGCUGGCAAAAGGCUCGACAGACGAAAAUCGAUACUCGCGGCGUUCGUUGUCCAAACGAUAUUGCCCAAAAAACCAUAAAAAUUACCUGGGAAACUUGCCAAAAAAAAAAAAAAAAAAAUAA